CCGGAAGUAGAAUAUGCUGGCGGAACUUGUUUUAAAGGCUCAUGUUUUGCGCGCAGCCCUUGACAAGGACUCCAACACUGAAGGCAAGUGGACUUCAACACCCAGUCCCUGCUCACACCUAUGCUGAUACUCUUCAUCUGCUGUUGGCUUCAUAACUCGACAGCAUGGAGCAGAACAACAGCUUGCCUCCAUUUCCACAAGGCAUAGCAUCUCCUCAGGGGGCCAUGACACCUGGACUUCCUCUCUUUAGCCCAAUGAUGCCUUAUGGCACAGGGCUUACACCACAACCUGUGCAGAACAGUCUGUCACUGCUAGAGGAGCAGCAGCGGCAGCAGCAGCAGCAGCAGCAGCAGGUCUCCCAGCAGCAGGGUGGGAUAGUGGGAGCAUCAGGCCAGACACCCCAGCUCUACCACUCGCAGGCGGUUACCACAACCACAGCACUGCCGGGCAACACCCCUCUUUCCUCCACCCUCCUAAGUCCCAUGACGCCUGUUCCUGCCACACCCGAGAGCUCAGGCAUUGUCCCUCAGCUUCAGAAUAUUGUGUCAACUGUGAAUUUGGGGUGCAAACUUGACCUGAAGACGAUAGCACUGCGAGCCAGGAAUGCUGAGUAUAAUCCAAAGCGUUUUGCUGCCGUCAUCAUGAGAAUACGAGAACCCAGAACCACUGCCCUGAUUUUCAGUUCAGGCAAAAUGGUGUGCACAGGAGCUAAGAGUGAGGAACAGUCUCGUCUGGCAGCCAGAAAGUAUGCGAGAGUAGUACAGAAAUUGGGGUUCCCUGCCAAAUUUCUAGAUUUUAAGAUUCAAAACAUGGUCGGAAGCUGUGAUGUUAAGUUCCCAAUCCGAUUAGAGGGUCUGGUCCUAGCCCAUCAGCAGUUCAGCAGUUAUGAACCUGAAUUAUUCCCUGGGUUAAUUUAUAGAAUGAUCAAACCCAGAAUUGUACUUUUAAUAUUUGUCUCAGGCAAAGUUGUUCUCACAGGUGCAAAGGUCAGAGGUGAAAUCUAUGAAGCAUUUGAAAAUAUAUACCCUAUCUUAAGAGGAUUUAGGAAAGCAACAUAAUCCUAUUUGGAAGCACCUUCAUCAACCUUGUUUGUCAGUACUGAGUCUAAUGGGAUAUGUUCUCCUAGUCUCAUUUUAAUUAUGUACAAAACAAUGUCUUUUGUUCACUUAAUGAAUAGAAACUUUUAUUACUUUUUUUUUUUUUUUUUUUAAUUCAGCUGUUUUGUGGCUGUUAUUGUCCACAUUCUUAUGGCAGUCCUUUUAAUGGUUUUAAUGUUUUCCUCCUUUUGUACAUUAUACCACACAUUCCUUUUAAUACAGGCAGGUUACUUCCUGAGUGGUUCUAAUUUGUCAUGUUACAAGAGAAGUGUUAAUGCUGUGAAGCUACAGCAUUAAUGUCCAUUGUCUGGAUCACAGUUAAGUUCUGUUCAACACAAAGUAAGCUGAAGAUGGUUAGAUGAUGCACAGAUGAGUUUGACUCGACUUGUUCUGGCUCGUUCAGCGCAAACAGUUGAUAUGUUGAGUUUGGCUGCAUAAAGUUGUCAUUUCAUUUGAAUUUACUAGCUUCCCUAACCCAUGCCUAUAACAUGCUAUAUGCAGUCAAUUUAGGAUUCAAAAGAUUUUAGGAAAUGGUAGUUCUCCAUUCAUGAUCAAUCAAGCACCUUCAAUUAAGUGCAAGUACCCUUGGAAGAUCUCAGCUGUUUUUGUUGAAACUUAAGCUGCGUGCUUUCUUAUACACAUGGCUUAAAAGGUUUUAGAUCCUGUACACUCUUGACUGUUUAGGUUUUGCAAUGCCAGAGUCUGGAAUAUGAUUUGGUGCAACUAACAUGUAUAUCCAUUGUAUGGGUUAAUGAAGCCUCUUGUAAAGCACUGCUUAUGUAACUUUUUCUGCCUUUGUUGAUUUGCUUUGAAACACUGGCAAAUAAAUAUUUAUGUUUAUAA